CCUGGGAGAGGCAGGUGGGGCGGAGGGGAGGGGAGAGAAGCCCCUCCGGGGCUCCCUGUUGCUUUGCCCGGCCGGGGCCUCCGCCUCCCUCUGAUCUCAUCACCGGCCCCCACCAGGCAACCACCAUGUCGCCCAAGGCCGGGAACGGGUGUCUCAGCCUCACGAAAUAUUUCCUCUUCGUGUUCAAUCUCUUCUUCUUCGUCCUCGGUGGACUCCUCUUCUGCUUCGGGCUGUGGAUUCUCUUCGACCGGAACAGCUUUGCCUCCUUCCUGGGUGUGUCGUACUCCCCGCUCCGUGCAUGGUCCUUCGCGCUUUCAGCCUCCGGGAUCCUGACGAUGCUGCUCGGCUUCCUGGGCUGCCUUGGUGCCCUCAAAGAGAUCCGCUGCCUGUUGGGCUGCUAUUUUGGGGUCCUGCUCCUCCUUUUCACAGCCCAGAUCACCUUGGGAGUCUUGAUCUACACCCAGCGUGGCCGCCUGAAGGCGAAAGUGGGCGAGGUGGUGGUGGACUUAAUCGAGAACUACCAGCAGAAGCCAGGAAAAGAACGGGUUGGUGAGGAGAACUGGGAUUAUGUCCAAUUCCAGCUCCACUGCUGUGGCUGGGCCUCCCCCCAGGACUGGACUCGGAACCCGGGUCUGCGUUCCAACAGCUCGGCCCCCCAAGUUCCCUGCUCCUGCCGCAACAGCACCGAGAUCCACUCCAACGUGACGGUUGACUCCACGACUGCGCUGGUUGGCCCCGGGGCCCCAGUGGCCCCCAUCCCCUCUGGCUUCUGCCCUGGGGAUGUGGCUGUCUACAGGGAGGGCUGCGCCCGCAGUGUCCACGCGUGGCUCAAUAACAACCUCAUCUCCAUCGUUGGCGUCUGCCUGGGCAUCGCACUGCUUGAGCUCGGGGUUAUGGCCCUCUCGAUGUUCCUGUGCAGGAACCUGGAUCACAACUACAACAAGCUCGCGCGAUACUCCUAGGCCUUGACCCCUUGCUCAGGGGACUGUGACGCCUCCGUCUCCACCCUCAGGUUCAGGGAUAAACCACUGCACCUUUCCUCUCCCCAUCCCUCCAGUCCUGGGGGGGCCGGUUCCCCUCCACAGAGCUGUAUAUAUUUUUGUGACUCUCCACCACCUCCUCCCUCAGCUCCCAAGGUGUCUUCCUAACUCCCCGCUUUUCCCCCGCUACCUCCCCACUGCUGGCUUCUGCUUUCCUCAGGGACCGAAUAACUUCUUCCCCGCAUUCAUCCACUCCCUUCCGGGGUCUAAACCGUUCCUCCAGCUGAACCCUCUCUGUCCCCCACCUCCUUUCAAGGAUCCUUUGGAGUCCCAGCCCCACCCCGCCUUUCUCCCUCCCAGCCCAUUCCUUGCGCCUCUCUUUCAGGUACGUUUUAUAAAUAAACAAUUUUAUGGGGUUUUCUGGCCUGGCCU